AUGGAGACGUGGAUAAUAAUAGUCAUAGCUAUUGCUUCUUGUGUUGGUGUUUUGAUGUUUCUUGUUGCUUUGACUGGAAGCCUGGUCAAAGAUGGGGCUGGUGAGGACGGAGGAGAAGGAAACACGGGAGGAGGAGGUCAGGUUAUCCGAGGCAAUGAUGGCGGCCGUGUGGAUGUGGGAAUUCGUGGUUUCGGGUAUCAUGGAGGGUUUUGGAAUAAUGGUGGCCGAGAUUAUGGAAUUCGUGGUUUUGGGGUUCAUAGAGGGACUUGGAAUAUUGGUGGCCGUGGUGGCAGCGGCUGGUUUGGUGGUGGUGGAGGUUUUGACAGCAGCAGUGGCGGUGCUGUUGGAGGUGGAGGCGGAGGCGGAGGAGGUUGCUAA